AUGCGGGUUUUUGAGGGCUCGGGCCGGGAACACUGCGCGCUGGAGAGGAGCCGUCUCGCCUACGUGCGGCGCACUACCUGGGGGCUCCGCUCCGAGAGCACGGGCUCCCCACUCUGCCGGGAGACAGCGGCGCCCCGCCGGACCGCUCAGGGACCCGAGUCUUCCGGUUCCAACUCUGGGGGCUCCCCAGCGCGGCGGCGGGGCGCCGACGCGGCGCCGUUCCCGCUGGCUCCGUCUCUGCCCCCCCCGCGCCGCUCCCUCUCGCCUGGCGCUCGGAACAUCACGGCAUCUCACACAUUCUCUGGGCCUAAGGCUGCGGAUUCCGGGACAAGAAAGCGUGGGCCCUGCAGACACCCCCUUGCUCAGACCAUUCAGCGGCACCCUCACUUCCGGGCUCUGUUCAACUUCUCCAAGCCAGUGCUGCUGUCUGGGGGCCUCUUCUCCCAGGAGCUCUGGGACAGCCUGAGCCAGCGCAAAGCCCCCUAUGGCUGGCAGGGGCUCUCCCGCCAAGACAUUGUCUCCACCCUGAGCCUUCUGAACAGCUCCGAGAACGCCCAGCUGCUCAGCUCCCGGGAGCUGCCCAGGGACUGUGUCCGGUGUGCCGUGGUGGGUAAUGGAGGCAUUCUGAAUGGUUCCCGUCAGGGCCUGAACAUCGAUGCCCAUGACUAUGUGUUCAGACUCAAUGGUGCUGUGACCAGAGGCUUCGAGGCAGACGUGGGCACCAAGACCUCCUUCUAUGGCUUCACCGUGAACACGAUGAAGAACUCGCUCAUUGCCUACAAUACACAGGGCUUCACCUCCGUGCCACAAGGACAGGACCUGCGUUACAUCUUCAUUCCCUCGGACCUCCGCGACUAUGUGAUGCUGAGAUCGGCCAUUCUGGGGGUGCCUGUCUACAAGGGCAAGGACGCAGGAGACAGGCCGCAGACCUAUUUUGGACCCGAAGCCUCUGCCAGCCGAUUCAAGCUGCUCCACCCGGACUUCAUCAGCUACCUGACGGCGAGGUUUUUGAAAUCAAAGCUGAUUAACACAAAUUUUAAAGACCUAUAUAUGCCUAGUACUGGGGCCCUCAUGCUGCUGACAGCUUUACACACCUGUGACCAGGUUAGUGCCUAUGGAUUCAUCACAAGUAACUACUGGGAAUUUUCUGAUCACUACUUCGACCGAAUAAAGAAGCCACUGCUGUUCUAUGCAAACCAUGAUCUGACCCUGGAAGCCGCCCUGUGGCAGGACCUGCACAAAGCUGGCAUCCUACAGCUGUACCAGCGCCAGCUGAACUCCGGGCCCGCUAUUCUCACCAAGCUGUGGGCCUAGAACCAUUCCAAGGGGCCAAAGCCGCCACUUUUAUCUUUUCAACGAGAGGGACUCCAACUCCCCUAGACCCACUCCUUCCCUGCAAAUGACACCAAGGUGGAUUUGUGACUGUCACCAAAGCCUGUUCAUUGUGAAACACCCCAUCUUGUCCUUGGCUCCUCCAAGAAAACUCCCCUCUGGGUCUGAGAUGGACACUCCAACCCAGGUCAACGGGAAAAUGGACUGCUCACUAGACUUGAUAACACUCCAAAGAUGUGAUCCUCACCCUCACUAGUAAGGGGCAGGCGUAUCAGAGCCGAGCCUCGAAGCCAGCAGGCGGUACAGUACUGAGCGACUUUAGAAGUCGGCGGCGUACUCAACCAAGAUCAAACAUUACAGCAGCCACACGUUCCCAGCCAGAACACUCCCACUAGCAAGCACAGCCCCACAAGAACACCAAGGCAGUUCAACACAAGGACACGCCUUACCCUUUCUGAGAACACAACUGACGUACAUCUGCCCCAUGAUGAAGAGGGAGCACAAAGGCAGAAUGUAAUCUGAAACCAGACAACUGCAUAAAUGAUGGACGACCAUUUUCUGUGUGUUGGGGAAGUAGUACACUGUGCUGGGGUGUGGCGUGGAGAUCAGAGAAUUCAAGAACCAGGGGAUGGUUCUGGUAUUUGAGGGGGGCUAAGGGCACAGAGGGCUGCCUGCCUCUGAGGGGGUUCCCAUGACAGAUGUAUUGCCACUUUGUCACCAAAGGGAUGACAUCAGGCAGUGAGCCCUCUUUAUUAGGUAUUGAACAUUACUGCUCCAACAGUUUAAACUUAGUUGACAGGCAGUUUCAUUUUAGACAGUAUAUAGGCUUCUGUUGGAAGCCAAGGUAUCACCACAAAGCCCUUAAGGCAGCCCCAGGAUUUCACACCCGAGGACUAGUAGCUUUCCAGACAGCCAGACGUCUACACUGCCCAGGGCAGGGGGCAGGGAAAGGAGGGGACUGGUCUCCCCCGGGCUGGCUGGCAAGAGCCUCCCCAGGGCAGCAUCAAUCACCACUGCUCAAUCCACUGGGGCCAAGGACCUGGCCUCGGGUUCUGGAAGGCUGAGCCUGUCACCAUGUGAGAGAGGGACUGUCACUAGGAUCAAAAUGCUGCUACUUUAGAAUCAUGCCUAUAACUAUCAGAACCUGUCAAUCCAUUAGAUUUGAGAAGUGCUAGUUAUAUUUGUUGGUGGCAACCCAUUAAAAGGGUAUAAAAUCAAUUUAGUAGGAAACUUAAAAAAAACACACAAACACACCCAAAACACCUGAUUGCAUCCAGUGUACUGUUAACCCCAAUUAUUAUCCUGUGAAACUUUCAUUUAUGUAAGGACAUACUGAAUCACAGAAUAAAACACCGUUCUUACGUGGGUCUCAAUCUGAAA